GCAGCUCUUACCCCUGGUUCCCCCCGUCCUGUGAUCAGUAGAGCCGCUCUGUCUGACCCGAUAUCCUCCUCAGGUUACCGACUCGGUCCUCGAACUGGUACCUGGAGCCGGUACCUGGCGCCGACCCUGCCUGGAGACCCAGAGAGGUCCAAUAUGUCUGAACUUUUCAUGGAGUGUGUGGAGGAGGAGCUGGAGCCGUGGCAGAAACAAGUUCCUGAAGUCAACCUGAUAGACGACGAAGAUGACGACGAUGAUGAUGAUGAUGAACCUAUCUUCGUUGGAGUGCUUUCGAACAACCAGAAGGAAGGUAAAGCGAAGCCGGCCCCUCCUCAGAGGGAGGAGAGCGUCCCUAAACCAGAAAUAAAGCGUCCUGCUCCUCAACCCGCCAUUGGCGCCUCGCCAAUAAUGCUGCCGCUGAGCGUGGCGGGAAACGCCGUGAACGCCGCUGCACCCGCUCUGACCACGGUGACACCACAGCCUGUCAUCGUCAAUAACCAGGGCUUCAUUGUCACUUCUCCACAAUUAGCCAACAGCAGUGAGUUCAUUGCCUCUCUGGGGAGCCAGUAUCCUCCUGGGACUUCAUUUACAAUCGUACCAGGUUUACCUGGUCUGUUCUGUCUUCCAGCUGGUCAGCAGCAGCUUUUUCAGCAGAUUGCUUCAGGUGCCGUCAUCCCUGGCGUGGUCCACCGGCCUCAGGUUCAGCAGAUCAGCAACAACGUGGUGACGCUGACUAACGUACAGAGUCCCGCCGUGUAUUCAGCUCAGUCCCGCCAGCUGCAGCUCAACAGGCCCAACACACAAACCCUCCAGACCUUUUCUCUGCCUGUAAAGGCCAACAUCAAUAACGGAGAUCAAAGUUCGGUGAAACGAGGGUUACCACCACAGCCAAUAGAGAGCGCAGCAAAAAGAGUCAAGCUAGAUUCAGGGUUGACGAAAGUUGUACUCCCAGUGGAGAAUGGGGUCUUAAAGAAGAAGUGCCCAAAGUGUCGAGAAGAAUUCGUCACAACGGAGGCCCUGAAGUUUCAUAUAAUGAUCUGCUGUGCUGGUAUGGAGAGCAUCCCUCCACCGGUCCAGAACACGGCCAACAACAAACGCAUCAUGCUCGUCUCUGAGUUUUACUACGGCUGCUUCGAGGGAGACGGGAAAAUGAGAGAGUCACACAAACCCAACACCACCUUCAAGUGCCAGAGCUGCUUAAAAGUCCUCAAGAACAACAUCAGGUUCAUGAACCACAUGAAGCACCACCUGGAGCUGGAGAAGCAGAACAGUGAGAGUUGGGAAAGCCACACCACCUGUCAGCAUUGUUACCGGCAGUACAUGACCCCGUUCCAGCUGCAGUGUCACAUCGAGAGCGCCCACAGUCCCAUCGAGUCCUCAACCAAUUGUAAGAUUUGUGAGCUGGCGUUUGAAUCAGAGCAAGUUCUCCUGGAACACAUGAAGGACAACCACAAGCCUGGAGAGAUGCCCUACGUCUGCCAGGUCUGCAACUACCGCUCGUCUUUCUUCUCAGACGUGGAGACACAUUUCCGAAGUGUCCAUGAAAACACUAAAGACCUGCUGUGUCCCUUCUGUCUCAAAGUCCUGAGAAGUAGCCACAUGUACAUGCAGCACUACAUGAAACACCAGAAAAAAGGGAUCCAUCGCUGUGGGAAAUGCAGACUGAAUUUUCUCACCUACAAGGAGAAAGUGGAGCACAAGACUCACGUCCACAAGACUUUCAGGAAACCUAAAGCUCUGGAAGGUCUCCCUCCAGGAACAAAGGUGACCAUCCGAGCCUCCCUCUCAGGAAAGACGCCCGCGUUGCCCAGCCCCCCUGAUCGGCAAUUUAUUGUCGGUCAAGGAACACUGAGCUUCAACCAGCAAUCCAACUCCCCGGUAUCCAAGUCCAGGUCCAACAGCUCUGGAGCAGGAAAGACCAAUCAGAACAAGAAGCAGAACGGCCGAGCAGCCAAACACAACCUGGCGCUGAAGGAUCUCAGUGCCGAAGGAGGAAACUUCACCUGCAUCGAGUGUAACUCAGAGGUCGACGACUUCUUCUCUCACUUCCCGAUGGUUUCCAACUGCGGCGCCUGCAAAUAUCGGACAAGUUGCAAAGUCUCCAUCGGGAAUCACAUGAUAAGAUUUCAUAGCACCAUAACCAAAAACAGAUUUUUGAAAAUGGAUCACAAGAAAACUUCAACUGCGUUAAAAUUCACUCUGGUGUGUCUGAACUGUGACCUGCUGGUGGACGCAGCAGGAGGAGACCUGAUGACCAAACAUCUCACUGAUCGACCAAAUCACGUAUGCAAAGUCAUCCAGGAGAAAGAUACCAAAGCCAAAGACCGAGUGGCUCUAAUUCUGGGACAGCCAGCAAAAGUCUUGUACGUGUUGACAUCGACGCCUCAAAGACCAAAGGAAAUGGACCUGAAACCAGUAGAAAGUGUUCCUCUGGCUGCUGUGGACCAGCCACAACCAGAACCAGAACCAGAAGCGUUGUUAGCAGCAGCUGGUCAGGAACAGGCUCCCACAGGAACAAGGGACGGUUUCUCUGAAGGACUCGUGGAGCCGCCGCCCACUUUAUCGUCGUCCUGUCCACCAGACGGGGUUCUAGAUGUGAGUGAGGAGCCGGCGGAGGAGUCAGAGAGCAGAGAGACGCUGCCUCAGCAGGAGAAGGAGCAAGAACCAGCCAAACCUGAAUAAAGAACAAAUGAACUCAACUCUGAGUUAUGUAUUUAGAUAAUAACUGCUUCAUCAGAAGCUCUCCACCUAUUUCUAACAGCAUUCUCCCCUUUCAUUAUCUAUUUUGCAAAAGGCACCAUCAGUGCAUCCUGCAACACGUCUGUGAUUGGGUUAAAGAAUUACAACCAAGCUGGAGCAUUUUUUAUUUUUUUUAAAUUAUCCCUAAAAGAUAAUUAGGAUGCCGUCAGCUCGGUCUUCCUUAU